AUGGCCAGCCUGCUCUCGAUAGGGCGUUUGCUGGAAGAGCCUGAGCAGCGGAGCCCGCCCUGCCUGCCCAUGCGGGGUCCCCCCAACACUCAGCCGGGCCUGCCCCAUCCAGUGCCCCCUUUUCCCGCUCUGGCCCCCACCUCUUCAUCCCCUCCCCACGGGCCUCCCCUCCGGCCCCUCCCCGGCCCGGCACCCCUUCAGAUGCCUCCAGACCCGGUGUGCGGUACCCCUCCCCCAAAUCCCGCGCCCCCUCAGGCGCGCCCCAGCCCCUCUGCCCAGCGCCCGCUGCCGUCUCCCUUGAACGCCGCGCCCCCUCAGGCCUCCAAGCCCCCGUGUCCGGCGCCCCCUUAG